UCUGUCAUGAGACGGCUGGUGCUGCGGGUGUGCAGGUGGAAAUCUCACUGCUGUUGCUGAUAAUGACAAGUGAGACAGACGUAAGGUGGGUUGGGACAUCCGAGGCAUUGUCGGGAUAAACAAAACGCACGCUCUGGUGACGGAACACAGAGCUCGCGCUAAUCCGCGUUUCAGAGGACGCGCAGGAGAAGAUCAAAUAAACAAAAGCGUGAUUUCAGAAAUCUGACACCAUGACUGCAGAGGAGAUUAUAAACAUUAAAGAAGCGGAGAUAAUCAAGUUGAUCUUGGACUUUCUAAACUUCAGAAAGCUUCACAUAAGCAUGCUUGCUCUAGAAAAGGAGAGCGGAGUAAUUAAUGGUCUUUACUCUGAUGAUAUGCUCUUCCUGAGGCAACUUAUAUUAGAUGGGCAAUGGGAGGAAGUUCUGCAGUUCAUCCAGCCGUUGGAGUGCCUGGAUAAAUUUGACAGAAAGAGGUUUCGAUAUACCAUCCUAAAACAGAAAUUUCUGGAAGCUCUUUGUGUAAACAAUGCCAUGUCUGCAUCAGAUGACCCUGAGAAUCUGGAGCUUACCAUGCAAGAUGCGGUCAAGUCCCUCCAUGCCCUGGAAGAGUUCUGCCCAACAAAAGAAGACUACAGCAAACUUUGCUUGCUUCUCACCCUCCCCCGACUUACCAACCAUGCUGAAUUCAAAGACUGGAACCCCAGUACCGCCCGUGUCCACUGCUUUGAGGAGGCCUGCUUUAUGGUUGCUGAAUUCAUCCCUGCGGACCGUAAACUGAGCGAAGCCGGUUUCAAAGCCAGCGGGGACCGUCUCUUCCAGCUCCUCAUUAAGGGAAUACUGUACGAGUGCUGCGUUGAGUUUUGCCAAAGCAAGGCGACUGGAGAGGAGAUCCGUGAAGAGGAGGUUCUUCUAGCAGUGGAUGUUCUUUGUGGUAAUGGUUGUGAGGAACUGGACUUGAGUUUGCUCUCAUGGAUUCAAAACCUCUCGUCAUCAGUCUUUGCCUGCGCUUUUGAGCAGAAGACCUUGAGCAUUCAUGUGGACCGCCUUGUCAAACCCACCCAGACGGUUCACGUGGACCUUCUCACCCCUCUCCUCACCAAACUCUCACCCUGCCCGUCCUCGCCCCUGUGCCGACCCCAAUCGGCGGAUACAUACAUGUCACGGUCUCUCAAUCCCUCCCUGGAUGGAUUGUCGCAUGGCCUGGCAGGGAGGGAAAAGAAAAUGACUGAAGCUGAUGGAAAAACAACAUCCAUGUCACAGUCUUUCGCUAACUUUGGGUAUCCUUCUGGGACAAAUUCAAGCCGAAAUGCUCUGGAGGGCAGUGUCUUUACUGAAUCUCCAGACAGAGCACAAGCACAGGCAGAGAAGAUAAACGGCUCGGGAACCAACUCUUUACGUCCUCCACUGACUCCUGGGAAGGAUGGUGGCAACAUGGCUGCAGCUGAAAAGUCUGAGGAGCAGAUUCAGGAGUUCCAGCGUCAGCGGUUGCGGGUGCAGCAGCAUCUUGAGCAGAAGCAGCAGCAGAGGCAGCUGUAUCAUCAGAUGCUGCUGGAGGGUGGAGUACAUCCUCCAGACCAGCCAUCAGACGCCGCCCAGCAGAACCUCACACAGAAGUUCCUGAACAGGUCCAUUCAAAAACUGGAGGAACUGAAUGUGGCGGUGGGUAUGGAAGACCUGGGAGAAGACGUUCAGGCUUUGGCCCAACAGUGUAACGGUAUGACAGCUGCCGCAGCAGGUAAACAAACCCCUGAUGCGGGAUCAGGCCGGAACAAGGCUGCGGUGGUCAGCAGCACCCCUCAGAAGGGAGGAGGCCGGGGGGUUCCUUCACUGGACGAGUCCCCUGUGCUGGUCAACCCGAGUGUGUUUCAGGACGAGAAACCCAAAUCCCCAUUCAUUGCAGUACAGACACUUGAGGACACACAGGCUGUGCGAGCAGUUGCCUUCCACCCUUCUGGAACCCUCUACGCAGUGGGAUCAAACUCCAAAACACUGCGUGUCUGUAACUACCCACAAUCCCUCAAAGCUAGUGCUCAAAGUCCAGUAAAGCAGCCUGACAUCUGCUUUAAACGUAUUAAACACCAUAAAGGCUCCAUCUACUGUGUUGCCUGGAGUCCCUGUGGGCAGCUGCUUGCCACGGGCUCCAAUGACAAGUAUGUCAAAGUUCUUCCUUUCAACGCAGACACCUGUAAUGCCAAGGGGCCAGAUCUAGAGUUCAGCAUGCAUGACGGCACUAUCAGAGACGUGGCGUUUAUGGAGGGCCCAGAGAGUGGAGGUGCCAUUCUCAUUAGUGCCGGGGCUGGAGACUGUAACAUCUACACGACUGACUGCCAGAGAGGACAAGGUCUUCACGCUCUCAGUGGCCACACAGGACACAUACUGUCUCUGUACACAUGGGGCGGGUGGAUGAUAGCCUCUGGUUCUCAGGAUAAAACAGUGAGGUUCUGGGAUCUGCGUGUGCCCAGCUGUGUGAAAGUGGUGGGGACAGCUCUGCAUGGAAACGGAAGUGCAGUGGCCUCUGUGGCAGUGGAUCCCAGUGGGCGGCUCAUGGCCACCGGAUUGGAGGACUGUCGCUGUAUGCUCUAUGACAUCAGAGGUGGCCGAACCGUCCAGGCGUACUGCCCACACACCAGUGACGUCCGUUCUGUCCGCUUUUCUCCUGGUGCGCACUAUCUGCUCACUGGUUCCUAUGACAACAAAGUCAUGAUCACUGAUCUUCAAGGGGAUCUCACCAAAACUCUGCCAGUUACUGUAGUUGCUGAACAUGGCGAUAAAGUGAUCCAGUCCCGGUGGCACACCAGAGACCUCUCCUUCCUGUCCUCCUCAGCUGAUAAGACUGUCACACUAUGGGCAUACCAGCCUUAACCUACACCAGUCUGCAGACAGAAGAAAAGAAUUAAGAAAGAGCACAGAACAACUGAUCCUUCAGGACUCUGAUAAAUCGAUUGCCCAACUAGAAGAACGAUUAAAGGGAUAAUUCACCCAAAAAUGAAAACUCUUUCUUAUUUGGGAGAAAUAUCCCUUUAAGAAUGAAAGACGUCAGUGUGUGUUUGUAAUUCUUUGUAAUGUAAAUACUCAAAAAUCCCCGUUUGGUACUGAAGAUAAUUAAAAAUGACUGGAUGUUGAAGUGUUCAAUUCUCAAUCCUAGUCACGAGUCUACACUUGGAAACGCAUGUCCACUGAAGAAGCAACUUUGUUGUUAUAUCAACAUCUCUGCAAAAUAUUAAAAUAGCUUACUUCCACAUACAAAGAUGACAAAUGCCAUACGUAGCAUUGCCUCUGUAUUUUGCUGUUAUAAAUUCUCGAUAAAUGACACAGUCCUGAAAAUGUGAGCUAAAUUGUGCCUUUGAGUCACGUUCUCUGCUGUUACACUUAUUAAAUUGAAUGUCUUAUAAAUAGGCCUAACCGCUGAUCAAGGCAUAGCUACAGAUGUACAGCACAUUGCACUAUGGACAUGAUUGUUGAGUAGACUUUGUGAAAAACUGAAGUGACAUGUCAUGAUGUCUUAGCACUUGUGGAUAUGUUAAUGCAGCAUGAAUAUUCAUCUCAAUAUUUAAGUAAAUGUAAAUAAACGAACACAGUAAAUGUUGAGGGGAAAUGUUUUGUGAAAGUCAUCCUUAUUAGGGUGUUUCAUUCAUGUUUUUUUCGAAUAAUUUUAGUUUGGAUUGUCAUUUUCCUUAUAUGCAUCACUUUGAGCACCUUUUUGAGGCAGCUGAAAUUUGUAGUACCCAUUCAAUCACCUGUUGUACUAAGUAUGUUCAUUAGCAAUUAAUGUGAACAUGGAAAAAAAAAACAGUAUGGUAUUAUGCCUAAUUUACACUUGUAAAAAGUUUACAGAAAUCAAAUAAAAGAAGCAGAAAAGCAUGAAAUCCUUUAAUUUUUAUUUAUUAGUUAAACGUGAAAUUAAUUAAUUUUCAAACGAAAAUGUUAGUGUGGACGUGGCCUUAGUUUACCCAAAAUGUAAAUUAUGUUGUCAUUUACUCAUUUUCUGUGUGUUUUCUGCUGCAAAAACACAAACACUGUAAACCCUGAAGUUGGUGGACAUUACUGGACAUAUCAAGUUUUGGGCUCAUAUCUUGAAAUCAAAGACUCAAAACUCAAACUUUUGAGUACAAAAUUUAGGUUACACUGUAAACCCUAACAAGUUAGCAGAAAGAAACUCCCAAAGUUAAUAGAACUUUUAGAUUUACAUUUUGUACAACGCAUGUAUGUUAAUUUCUCUUAACUUGAAAUAUUGAAUAAGCUAACUCAUACAUGUUAAUGGUAUUUUAACUCUUUGGAUGAACUUAAAAAUUCCAUGUAAGGUCAACAUAAAUACUUCAAGUUGAGUAAACCUAACUAACUAGUACUAGCUAGAGGCUAGUAGUGAAUGCUAGCAUACUGAACGCAUACUAAUUGGAAACACUAUACUUUGAGUAGCAUAGCAAUUGCACAACGGGUAAAUCAAUAUACUGUAGAGAGAGCAAUCGUAAAGGGGUCGUGGAAUGGAAAAUCUAAUUUCCCUUGAUAUUUAGACAAAACAUACUGUAAAUUUCAGAACACAAAACAUCUUCCCCAGUCUAAAAAGAGCAUUUAUAAUUGCCACACUGCUGAAAUGUCUCAUUUUGAAAUCUGUCUCUUUGUGAUGUCAUGACACAUUGCUCAUUUGUAUUUACAAAUCCCACAACAUGCGUCAUCGCACCCUUGGCCCCAUCCUGCCAAUAUAUGGUUCAAGUGAAGAGAGCAGGCCUUGUGUGGCUAACUGUUCCUGAACACCAAAGGGGACCCAUCUAAACUAUUUUGAAUAAUUUUGUAUAUGAACAUGAAAUAUACUGACUCUUUGACCACUGCCAUGUAUCUCGCUGCUUUUAACAGACACGUUGUCAAGUUACAGCUCUGAAAGGGAGAAGCAAUUCUCUUUCGUUCAGUUGCUGCCUCUUGUUGUUUUGAGCACAAACACAUCAUGGAUGCAUUCUUUCACCCAUCUAUGCUAUUUUAAAUUAUUGAUGUAUGUACACAUAGACUAGAUGGAUGUCUUUGACCGUUUUGGUGUGUUUCCAGUGAUGUGCACCCCAGUAUGUGUGCGCGUUAUUUCACUGUGUUUUGGACUAUGUAUAAGCAUUUUUUCGGCUCAUAUCAGCGUUGACUCUUUGUGAACCAUCAUUAUACAAUUCAAGCUUUGCAAAGGAACUGUUAUUGAAGAAUGGGGUUAAAAACACUUGGACCCGAUCUAAAAUGUAAGUAAA